AUGAAUGGACUGGUAGACUUUGAUCCAGAUCUCUUCUUCACACCCGUAGGCCAAAGUAGCACUCGAGGUCAUCACAUGAAGCUCCCUAAAGGUCCACCUAGCCCAGUGCUAAGUUCUAACCCCAGUGCACCUGGGUCUAUAUACAGUAAUGGAUCAGGAGAAAAACAGCAUGGAGUACCGGUCCUGAUGGGACAAGGUGAAGCAGCCAAAGGGAGGGAGGAGAACUGGAUCUGGGACUGGUCAAGCAGGCCGGAACCACUCCCACCAAAGGAGUUUCGUUUCAAACAUCCCGACAAGACGAGGCUGAGCAUUCGUAAGAGCAAGGCCAUGCGUAGUAACUUCUUCUCAGCUGAAAUAUUAUCUGUCUUCAUUCCAUCCUUAGUUCUGACAAAUCUCUUGGCUCUGGGCAUGGGGGUCUUCAUUGGUUUCAAAAUUGCAGCUCCAAGGUUGAGUUGAGACUGGACAGUAGAGGGCUCCCUACACUUGUAAACUUGGCUAUGAGGAUGGUGGAAUGUCACAGUCACAUGACCAAGCCGAUGCCAUGUCAAGAGCAAAUUAUCGAUUUGCUCUACAUAUUUUUUUUUGUCAUUUUGCAUAUCUAAUCGUAUCUCUGCUCAUCCAUCUUAGUGAGGUAUGAAUUUAUGUAAAUCAUCAGAUUUUUGGGUCCUAUUUUGGUGGAGAUGACUGUUUUUAAAAUCCAUAUUUUCUCAGAAAAAAAAAAGAAUAUUGAAGUGCCAUAUUUAAUGUAUUGUGUGAAAUUUGAAUACCUAGGCUCAAUCUUGUAAGGGUAGGGAAACCCCUGGUUUAAAAAUCCGCCUGCUCAUCCCUAAUUUCAGUUACAUCAGGAGGAUAGGUCUGCAGGAUAGUGCAGUUUGCUAUUCACCCCAGACAAGUAAUAAAAAUAAUAAUAAUGAAGGAAAAUUUAUUAUGAUCAUGACACAAAUUUACUUGAUAAAAUACCACUAUCAUACGUGUAUAUAAUCCUCUUACUGGGGAUAAAGACGCUUGUACAAUGUCAAGAAGUAGGGGUAGUAUAAUAGUCCGACCUUGUUAUCUGGCCACCUCGGGACAGGAGUCUUAUCAAUGUACGUGAAACGGCUGGAAAUGACUGUAAUACGAUGGAACAUACUUUAAAUAGAAGUAGUCUAUGGAUUUGGGGUCUGUUGCAGAAUCUCUUUCUCAAGGGGCCUUUCUACUGUACCUGCACGAUCUUUGGAUUGGAGGAGGGUGGGAUAGGAAUCUGUUCAUAUCGGGAGCAGCUUACCAAUAUACUUGCAAGAACGGGCUAACAGCAGGUGAUUCUUUUCAAUCGAGAAGAUUAUGGGCAUGAAAUUUUGAACUUUUUCAAAGUUUCACGUCGAUCUCAAUUUUAAAAAAUACGCGCACGGCACAUAGUCGUGAGAUGAGCACAAUUGGGUCUUUGCAGACCUGCCGACAGCGGCACAUGAAUGUAAUUAAGCCCCCGUUCCACUAGAAAAUUGCUGUUCCUGUGAAGUAUUUUUCACUGACUUCAAGGUUUUUAGUCCCCAGAUCCUGCCCGAUCUGUAGGUUUUGCCAAAUUGUAGGAAGAUCGUUAUCGUGGAAUAGCUAGCUCCCUUAGUGGUUGUGGAUGAUUCUAGUUGGUUGUUUUCUGACAUUUUCACUUGAGAUAAAAAUGAACUGAAAUGAAAUGGACUAUAACUAACCUUUAUCCUUUUACUCCUUUAUUUGUUGAUGUUAAGAGGUAUUUUGGUCGGGAAAUAUGGCAGGUAAAUACAUUUGUCCCGAUAAAUGAAAGCCAGAUAAACUAGGUCGGACUGUACAUGCAAACUUUCAUAGUGCCCCCCAUCACCAAUCAAGCAUUUCCCAUGAUAUUAUCUUAUAAAGAUAUCUUAUUUUCACUCCUAUCAAAAUAAUUGUAAACAUUAAAACCAAAAGAUAAUUCCCAUUAGAUUAACACAGGGAUGAUAACCUCGUUACUCAAAGGGCUCUCAGACAUAAAUUGCCACUUGAAACUACAUUCAUUCUCUCAAAUAAAAGUGCUUUCAAUUUCUUCUCCAAAGUUUUGCUGUUCUUGCUUUAGCGCUUGACUGAAAUUACACAUUGUUUUGUCGGUAUCGAAACAGUUUUAACCCUUUCUUUAAAUGUAGGUUCAUAACGAGUGGUACGGUGUAAUUCCCCUUUAAUGAAUCUCCACAAAACGUAACAGAGUGCCUCAUUUCUAUGUUAUCAUAUACAUGUAUAACAAAUAUAUAUUCAAAAUUUAUUAGCAUAAUAUCAGAUUUAGGAACUAAAAAUCUGCCUUCAUUUAUAAUACCAUCUUGAAAUUUCUUUUCUUUUUCCGUUUUCCUUCCCCCUCAUACAUUAACCCAUAUUCUUGUUAUACAUUUACAUGUACUGUGUCUAUUUCAUCGGACUGUUUAUGAAUACACAUAUCAUCAUUUUUGCAAUACUGCCUCCCUUGCUGUUUAUACGUGUAUAAUGAUGGAAUAUUGAUGUUAUGGCAUACAAAUAAUUAUUGUAUCGGACUAUAUAUCUUCAUCUUUGCUUACAUGUACAUUUGAGUCAUUAAAUGUAAUGUACAUGCAUGUAUAUAAAUAGAACUUAUUAAAAGGAAAAUUAUAAUAUGAUUUCACAUUGACAUUGUAUCCUCUGGAAAAUGAUAUAUAAAUCCAGUUAUUGCUAAUGAGUGAAGAAUAAGAGCAUGGUAUCAAGAAAGGCUAACACAGUAUCAUAAUCAAUAAAAUAUGAAUAAGGAAGUCACUUUUUGAAAAAUCAUUCAUUGUUUAUUGUGCAAUGUCUUUGGGAUGUGAUUAAAAUACCAAAAAUUUAAAAGCAGAUUGAUAAUGCAAACUUAUUUUUUUAUGCUUGAAAUGACAUGGAUGCAAGUAUUUAAAUAGUGGAUAGCAUUCAGUUCCUGGCAAUAAACUUAUCCACCUCAUAUUAAAAAGGUUUAAAUUAAUAACGUAAGUA